AUGGUUUGGUUUAAAUCACUCUGCUUGCUGCUGCUGCCGGCCUUACUGAUGAUUUCGGUCACGUCAACUGACGACGAGGAUCAUAUCCUAGACCAUGAUGUGGACCCGGAUCCGGGACGCAUGAAGUACAUAUGGAAUCCGUUUCUGGGAUUUUGCGGCGAGAACGCCAGCAUGAUGAGGUGCGCUGGAGUCUGCCCCGAAACCUGUGCCUUCAAAUCGCUCAAGUGUCCCAAGUUUUGCGGUGUAAAUUGCGUAUGCAAACCUAACUACGUCUAUGACGAAAAGUUGCAACUUUGCAUCCUAAAAUCUGAUUGUCCCCAAGAUGUAAAGCAACAGGUCGUGGAAAGUCAUCGUGUUUUUCAGUAAAGGCCAGGAAACAUUUCUGUAUUAUAAAAAGACAAUAAACUAAUGUUUGCAACUGAA